AUGGACGCUCAAAAUGGGGGAUCCGCAAAUCCAGAUGAAAUGCUUCAGCCUCCAGAACAGGUUGAAGUUGAACAACCUGCACCAAAAAAAGAUGAGGACAUACAACGGGAUGUAGAGAAAAGGACUGAAGCCAAGAUGGGAAAAACUUCAGAGGUUACUACUACGACCAUCGAUUUGACGCCGAGUGAAGAUUUGGAUCUUUCAAAUAUCACGGAUAAGCCUCCACCAAGACAAUCAGUUGAACCUACUUACAGAGGGUGGAAAGAAGUUGGUACUUAUGAAGAACAAGAUGCUUUGACGGAGGAAGAUGAGGCAACCGAUUUGUUAGCGCACAGUUCGUUUUUUGAUACGUACUUGCCGGCUGCUGCAUAUGGUGACUGGUACCACAAUGUUGCAUUUUUGAUACUUGGUGGUACCUUGUCGUGGAUUGUGGGAUGGUUCAGAUUCACGCUUGCGCCUGUUUUCUUCAUCAUGGUUGUUUUUGCAAUUUUGUAUCGUAGUUCUAUUAAGAAAUAUAGAACGCUCUUGAGAGAAGAAGCGCAAAGAGAGUUUUCGAUCAAAUCAAUUGAGGAUGAUUAUGAAACCUUGGACUGGCUUAACGUCUUUAUGGAAAAAUUCUGGUACUUUUUGGAACCAUCUGUUUCCCAAAUUGUCUGCGAACAAGUUAAUCCAAUUUUGGCGUCGUCGCCUGCGCCAGCUUUUAUUAAGUCUUUAUGGCUUGAUAGUUUCACAGCUGGUACCAAACCUCCACGUAUUGAUUGUGUUAAGACUUUGCCAGGUACUGAUAGUGAUGUUGUUGUCAUGGAUUGGGGCUGUUCGUUUACUCCUAACGCGUUAGCUGAUGCUAACAAUAAACAAUUAAAGAAUAGAGUCAAUCAAAAAGUUAUUGUUAAAGCUAAUUUAUUUGGUAUUGAUAUUCCAGUGGCUGUUUCUGAUGUUUCAUUUAAGGUGUUCCUUAGAGUAAGAUUAAGAAUGAUGUCUUCGUUUCCUCACGUUGAAACCGCUAAUGUUUCUUUAUUAGAGGUACCACAGUUUGACUUCAACUGUAAGCCUUUCGGUGACAGUAUCUUCAAUUGGGAAGUUUUAGCCAUGCCAGGCUUAUUGCCAUUUAUCCAUCAGAUGAUUAAGAAGUAUGCUGGUCCUAUGGUUUUUUCUCCAUUAUCAUUCCAAUUAAAUGUUCAACAGUUGUUAGCUGGUAAUGGGUUAGAUUCUGCUAUUGGUAUUUUAGCCAUUUCAGCUCAUUCUGCUAGAGGAUUAAAGGGCUUCAAUUAUCUUGGUAAUACUUUAGAUCCAUACUUAACAUUUGGAUUCCAAAAGAAAGUGUUGGCCCAGACCUCAGUUAAGGAUAACACAUCCAGACCUGUAUGGGACGAAACGGUUUAUAUUCCAGUUAAGUCUCUCUCAGAACCUUUAUCUAUUGCAGUUAUUGACUUUAACGAUAUUAGAAAGGAUAAGCAAGUUGGUACUAUCCAAUUUGAUUUAGAAGCUUUGCGUGAGAACCCUGAACAACCUAAUCUUUCAGGUGCUUUCGUUAGGAAUAACAAGCCUGUUGGUGAAUUACAAUUCGGUAUGCACUUCAUGCCUACACUCGAACCUGAACAACAAGCCGAUGGUGCAAUUGUUCCACCUCCUGACUUGAAUACUGGUAUUGCAAGAAUUGAAGUUUCUGGUGCAAGACAUUUGAAGACUAAAGAAAAGGCUGCAUCUACUUACGUUGAAUUGUACUAUAAUAAGGACUUGUUGGUUACGACUCCUGUUGCAAAGAAAACUAACGAUCCAGCAUGGAAUGCAUCCUAUGAAAAGAUUGUUGAUAACCGUGCUAAGUCUAAGAUCAAGGUUGUCGUGAAGAAUGAUAAAUCUAAGAAGACUUUAGGAAAUGUUUUCAUUACAUUGAAUGAACUUAUUGACGCAACGCAAGUUCAAGAGUCAUGGUUCCCAUUAUCGAAUGGGGGUGAAGUUCAUAUUCUGGCAUCUUGGAAGUCUGUUGCUUUGACAGGUGCUAGUGGGGCUGGUGGUUACACUCCUCCAAAGGGUGUUGUCAGAAUUAGUAUUGACAGAGCUGAAGAUAUACGUAACUUAGAAAGAAUUGGUAAGGUUGAUCCAUACGCUAGGGUCAUGGUUAAUGGUUUCCAAAGAUGUAGAACAGCUGCUGCUGAUUCCACAUUGAAUCCAACUUGGAAUGAAAUUCAUUACGUUACUGUUUCGUCUGCAAAUCAGAAAUUGACUCUCGAGGUCAUGGAUGUUGAAUCUCGUUCUCCUGAUCGUACUUUGGGAUCUUUCGAUGUUAAAUUGAAUGAAAUUGUCAGUAAAAAUGAAAAGGGUGAAUACAUCGAAUAUGUUGAUAAUGAAAAGAGAGAAUCUAAAUUAAUUCAUAAAAAAGGUCCUAAGGGCACUCUUACUUACUCCUUAUCUUUCUACCCAACCUUACCUGUAAUGUCUUUAGAGGAUAUUAAGGAGGAGGAAGCGGAUGCUGAAGAAGCUAGAAAAGAAGCUGAAGAAAAGGCCGCUAAGAGUGCUGGUGAGGAUGAAAAGACUAAGGUUGAAGAAGCAGACGUGGAAGAAAAGAAUGCCGAUGACAGCGAGUCCGAUAAUAGAGAAGACGAAGAAGAAGAAAGUAUUAGGGCCUCGAAGUUAAGAUUAUCUCUAGACGAGUUAGUUGAAUAUAAGAGCGGUGUCUUCAUCUAUGAGGUUAUUGAAGGGAAUGUUAACAAAGAUGGCAUUUACUUGCAAAUCUUUUUCGACAAUCAUGGCUACCACGAUUACCGUACUCAAAAAUUACUUAGGAAAGACAAGCAGAUUGGUACUACUGGUGAUGUCGUUAUUAAGGAAUUAGAUGAGUCUCAAGCUUAUUUCAGAUUAACUAAAAAUAAGGAGGACAAUAGGGCCGAAAAGGUACUUGCGGAACUUAAUAUCCCUACUUUGGAAUUGUUAAAGAACGCAUAUAAUGCGCCAUACACUGUUAAUGUUGAUGGUGCUUCAAGCGGCUCUUUCAAGAUUCAAUGUUCUUGGAUUCCAGUUAUAUACCAAACUGCAAUUCCACCACAAGAUUCUCAUAACAACUCAGGUGUUGUUAGCAUUGAGGUCUCCAAUGCCGAGAAUUUGAUUUCGGCCGAUAGAAACGGUAAGUCAGACCCAUACGUCGCCUUAUACUUGAACACUGAUAAAGAUAGUUUCUUCAAGACUAAGAAGAUCAAGAGAACCCUCGAGCCAGUCUGGAAAGAAACCGGUAGUACUAAGGUCGCUAAUAUGUACGAUUCCGUCGUCAAGGUUGUUUGUAAUGAUUGGGAUAUUGGUCCUGAAAAGGAUGAUCUCUUGGGUGUUGGCUACAUCAACUUAUCCGAAAUCUACGAAAACAAUGGCGAGACUACCGAAUUUACAUGUCCUUUGACUACCGAAGAAGGUGGUGAUGGUGGUACUGUUUACCUUAAGGGUUCUUUCAGACCAGAAUUUGUGUUGAAUGUUUUUUCAUCUGAUUCUUCGAACAUCGGUGACGCCUUUGGCACCGUUGGUAAAGGUGUAGGUGGUGUUGGUAAAGGCCUUGGUAAGGGUGUAGGUGGUGUCGGAAAGGGUGUCGGAAAGGGUGUUGGUGGUGUCGGUAAAGUCUUCAAGAAAGGGUUACAUUUAGGUAAAUCUGAAGAUGCUUAA